GGAUCUUAUAAUAAAUGCAAUUAAAAGCUUUAUGUCCUCUUCCCUGUCAAAGCCCGAUCCUAUUCAACAAUCUGAAACGAGUGACUCUGUACCAUCUGAAGAAGGAAGUUUUGUCGAAAAUGAUCAAGAAAAUACUAACGAUAUUCAAGACACUUCAGAGACGGCGCCUACAAUUCUAAAGGCUACACCUCCCACUCCUGAGACUCCAUUGACAAGUCCAAUAAUCGAAGCUCCGCCCACUCCUGAAACUCCAGUCGAAGCACCUGCCACUCCAGAGACUCCAGUAACAAGUCCAAUAAUCGAAGCU